AUGGAUGCAUACAACGAUAUUUUAAGUAUAGUCGUUGAUUUAGGAUUUGAAAAUACGAAAAUCGGAUAUGCCGGAGAUGAAAAUCCUCUAAAUGUUUUUAGCUCUAAUGUUGGUGUUCCAUUAGAUUUAUAUGAAAAAAUAGAAAAUGAAAUUUAUAAAAAAUGCUUAUGCUCAAAAGAAGAAUUUCAUCAAUUUAAUUUAAUUUAUCCCUUAUCUUAUUUAGAAGCUUUAGAAAAUGUUAAAGUUAAACCUUGUUUAUAUCUUGAUAAUAAGAAUUAUUUUAACAUAAAUGAAGAUGUUUUUGAGAGAAUUUUAUUUAUGAAUGUUACUGGAGAUAGAUAUAUAUUUAAGUUGUUUGAAAAAAGAAUAAAAGAAUACGUUGGUGAUAAGCUAUACAAGCAAUCUGAUAUAGGGAAUGAAUUUGUUCAUAUUAGUGAAGAAAACAAUAUAAAUGAAAAUAAAUGUGAAGAAUUAAAUGAUGCAAAUGAGAAUUAUCAAAAUAAUAUAAAUAAUAGUAAUGAAAAUAUUAUAACAAAUGAAAAUGAUGUAGAUAAUAAAGGAAUAAAAAAAGAAAAAAGUAACGAAAAAGAGUCAUGUGAAAUUGACACAGGUAACCAAAAUAGUUUAAAUAGAAAAAACGAUAAUAAAAUAUGCGAAAAUAAUAAUAAUGAGAGACAAAUAAACGAAAGCAAUAUAGAGGAUAAAUUGAGUGUAUUGAUAGAAUGGGCUAAUAGAAAUAGUUAUUUUGAUUUUGAUUUAAUUGAGAAUAAAUUAAUUGAUAUUAAUAGCAUAAAGAAUAUGAUAAAUAAAUAUAAUAAUGUUAGUUGUGGCUAUAAUGAGAACAUAGAAGCUUUUUCGUAUUUAUUAUCUCUACCUAAUAAAAGAAAUAAGCAAAUAAAAAUAAAAAUAGCCGAGUUAUUAUUUGAAAAAUAUAAAACUCCUGCUAUUCAUCUAAAUGCAAAAUCUGUUUUAAGUGGAUUUGCAUAUAAUAAAAACAUCUGCUCAGUUGUAGAUAUUGGUUCAUGUUAUUCAGACUUCUCUUUUUGUAAUGAGGGAAUAGUUGAUGAAAAAAAUUAUAAAAUUUAUAAUAUAGGUGGUAAUACUAUCGAUCUCUUUUUAGAAGAAUUACUGGAAAAAUAUAAUAAACAAUAUUGUAUUCCUUACUAUGAAUAUUAUAAAAAAAAUAGAAAGUUAUAUAAUAAAGAAAACAUUCAUUUAUCUUAUUACAAUAAAGCAAAAUAUAAUCCUUUAAAAGAUUUAAAAACUUAUAUAUGUGAAGUAGCAGAUAAUGAAAAUAAAAUCAGCGAUGCAAAAAAUAUGAAUUUUAAUGAAUAUAUGGAAAUAUAUAUCUUACCAGAUGGGCAAAACAUAAAUAUUAGUCAUUUUACUAAUAUAGCACCUGAAAUAUUGUUUACACCUUCUUUAUUAAAUGAUACAAAAUUAGUUGAUCAUUUAGAUAAUUUAUUUACAAAAGGAGAAAAAUUUGAAGGAAUAUCUGCUACUUUGUUUAAUUUAUUAAAAAAUGUCAAAUCCCUUAAAUAUAGAAAUGAAUUAGCAAAUAAUAUUAUUUUAACUGGAUCAUCUACUUUAUUUAAUAAUUUCAACCAAAGAUUUACUAAAGAAUUUAAUCAAUUAGAUAUGAAUAGUAAUUAUGAAUUUCAAAAUUUUCAAGUUUUAAAUCAAGGUAAGUUCUAUAAACAAUACUCUUCAUGGAUAGGAGGUAGUAUCUUGUCAUCCUUUAAAAAUUUUAAUUCAUUUUUUGUUACAAGAAAGGAAUAUGAAGAAUACGGUUUUGAUAUUAUUAAUAGAAAAUGCUAA